GACCUUUUUCUCUCCAAACAAUUCAUCAUAUCUUUGCUGCUUCUGUCUUCUUUCUCCUUUCUUCUAAAUUUGUUUUCUUCACUUUACCUUUUCCUCCCUUUUCAUCAAGGAUCUUCUUGAUCUUCUUCGUCUAUGGCAGUUUUACCUACAAGUUCCUCCAACUUGGAAUUGACCAUAUCUAUCCCAGGUUUUGCUUCUUCACCAAUAUCUUUUCUCCCCUCAUCAUCUGUGAAAAAGUUGGAUGUGAACCGAGUAACCAUAGAAGAAGAAUGGAUGGCACUAGAAGAGGAAGAAGAAAGCAGCGUUAAUGGAGAUACUCCUCGCAAGAAACUGCGUCUAACAAAGGAACAGUCCCAUCUCCUUGAAGAAAGCUUCAGAAAAAACCACACUUUAAACCCAAAGCAGAAAGAGUGUUUGGCAAUGCAGCUUAAGCUCCGACCAAGGCAAGUGGAGGUGUGGUUUCAAAACCGUAGGGCCAGGAGCAAGUUGAAGCAGACAGAGAUGGAGUGCGAAUACCUGAAGAGGUGGUUUGGGUCUUUAACAGAGCAGAACAGGAGGCUACAAAGAGAAGUUGAGGAGCUUAGGGCUAUGAAGGUAGGUCCACCUACUGUGUUAUCACCUCACAGUUCUGAGCCUCUUCCAGCUUCAACCUUAUCAAUGUGUCCCCGAUGUGAGCGUGUCACCACCAAUACCACCGCCGCUGUCGCCGCCGAAAAAAUUAGUCAUUGAUGCCGUCAUUUUGUCCCCUAGAGUGUGACAAGCAUGACAUGCCUUGAUGAACAAGUUUCUUUCUACACUCGAUUGUGCACGAGUGCAAAUUAUUUGAUUGUGUAAAACAGACCAAACAAAAAGUGAAGAUUAAUAUGAGGAAAAUGUUUUACAAGUUCUAUGAAAAGGCUUGUUUUCCUAUAUGCUAAUACUGAAGAAACUUAAUAAGGAUGUUAGUAUCAUAUGACAUGUUGUAUCAAAGAUAUUCGGGGCACUUCUAUGGUGCAGUCAGGAAACUGUCUUUUCUGAAAAAGAUAUUUUGUUUUGUUUAAUCAAUAAGACAAUUGUUAAUGUGUAAUGUCAGCUAAUGUACUGCGGGUGGAUCAUGUAUAAUUACUUUUGAUUUAUUAGCUAAUUUUAUUUGUUAA